AUGGGCUGCCCAUGGAGCUGCGAGCUCGCGGCCGUGCUCUUCCUCCUCUCGCUGGGGCCGGGCCCCUCGCGCGCGCUGCUGCGGUACCGCUACGAGUGCGGCGACUACGGCAUGCAGCUCCUGGCGUAUCCGCCCCGCGGGCGCAGCGUCCGCUUCAAAGUGCUGGACGAGUUCGGCAGCCUCUUCGAAGUGGCCAACUGCUCCAUCUGCCUCCACUGGCUCAACACCGGCGCRGACGGAGGCGUGAGCUUCUCCUCCGGCUACGAGGGCUGCCACGUCCUGRUGAAGGAAGGCCGCUAUAUCCUGAGGGUCCGCAUGGAAGAGGUGCUGAUCAGCGGGGUCAUCGCAGCCUCCUACGAGGUCAACAUGACCUGCCCGCAGCCGGCUGACUACUAUGUCCUCAUGGACGGGAACAUGCGCAUUGAGCACGAAGGGAAUGCCAUCCAGCAGGCCCAGGAUGGUGUCCUUGUCCCCCAGCCCCAGCCUGGCCUCCCGCACCGCGUGUCCCAGUCUGCCCUAGCUCUUCCCGGGCACCAGCUCCAAAGCCAUUCGGGCCAGGCUCAGGCUGUGGUUCAGCCCCGGCCGGGGCUGGUACAUCCUGGGCUUCAGCACCAAUCCCAGUCCGGCCCAGUUCGCCCAGGGGUUCAGACCCAGCCUGGCCACAUUCACCUAGGGGUUCAGACCCAGCCUGGCCACAUUCGCCCAGGGCUUCAGAGCCAGUCAGGAUUAGUACGCCCAGGGGUUCAGUCUCAACCCCAACCUGGCCUAGCGCCCUCGGGCGUCCAGACCCAGCAAGAACCAGUCCAUCCAGGGGUGCAGUCCCAAUCCCAGCCAGGCCAGGUUCGGCCCCUUGCUUGGCCCCAGGCUGAUUUGCGCCCUGGCAUCCAGCCUGAAGCCCAGCCUAGCCUGCUGCACCCCGGGGUUCAGAGCCAAGCUGGCCUCCUUCGCCCUGGAGCACAGCCCCACGCCCAAGCUGGCCUCGUUAGUCCCGGAACACAGUCCCAGGCCCAAGCUGGCCUUGUUAGUCCCGGAACACAGUCCCAGGCCCAAACUGGCAUCAUUCGCCCUGGAGCACAGCCCCAGGCCCAAGCUGGCCUUGUUAAUCCCGGAACACAGCCCCAGGCCCAACCAGGCCUUGCUCGCCCUGCAAUACGGCCGCAGUCUCAACAAGGCCACGUUCGCCCUGGAACGCGGCCCCAGGCCCAGCCUGGCUUCCUUCGCCCUGGAACGCGGCCCCAGGCCCAGCCUGGCUUCCUUCGCCCUGGAACACAGUCCCAGUCCCAGCCGGGCCUAACACACCCUGGUGCUCACACUCUGUCAGGUUUAGUUCACUCUGGCAUUCAGCCCCAAAACCAGCUGGGCUUAGUUCACCCCGGCCUCCAGACCCACUCUCAGACUGGUUUACUCCACUCUGGUKUCCACACCCAAGCUGGCCUAGUUCACGCCGGCUUUCAGUCGCAACCAAGUCAACUGCACCCGGCUGGACCAGCACGUCCUAACCAACACCGGCCGAGCCUAGCGAGCCCAGGGCUCCACCACCAGCCCCAGCUAGGUCCAGCGCGUCCUGUCUUUCAGCCUCAAACGCAGCCAGGCCCAGCGCGGCCCGAGUUCCAAGCCCAGCCUGGCGUGCUGCGUCCCGGCCUUCACGCUCAGCCGGGCCUGCUCCAGUCCGCGGCUCUCUUCUACCCCUCAGCAGGGGCAGGGGCCCAGCUCCCGCGGGAGCAGUGCCGCGUGGCCGCGGGGAGGAUGCCGUGCGCGGCGCCGCUCGGCCGCCACAGCUGCCUGCGGGCGGGCUGCUGCUACGACGACGCGGACCGCCUCGCGCCCUGCUAUUACGGCAACACAGCAACUGUCCAGUGCCUGCAGGAUGGGCACUUCAUCAUUGUGGUGCCCCGGGGCCUGUCCAGCCAGCCCUACAACCUGGACAGUGUCCGGCUGGCCAGUGACGAGGGCCACUGUGAGCCUGACAAGGUGACAGACUCUUUCGUGAUGUUCCGCUUCCCUGUGACUCAGUGCGGUACCACCGUGCAGGUGAUCGAGGACCGGCUGGUUUACGAGAACCAGCUGAUCUCUACCAUCGAUGUGCAGCCAGGACCGCGUGGCUCCAUCACACGGGACAGUAUUUACAUCCUCCACGCUCGCUGCAUCUACAACGCCAGCGACCUGCUGCCGGUCCGCGUAGAGGUGGCAGUGCCUCCCACAGCCGAGGCCCUGACGGAGCCCGGGCCUCUGCGGCUCCAGCUGCGCAUCGCCUCGGACGAAAGCUACAGCAGCUACCAUGAGGACAGCGAGUAUCCCCUCGUGAAGGUGCUGAGGGACCCCAUCUACGUGGAGGUGCGCCUCCUGCAGAAGACAGACCCCAACCUGGUCCUGGUCCUGCACCAGUGCUGGGCGUCCCCCAGCACCAGCGCUACGGCAGAACCCCAGUGGCCCAUCCUGGUGGACGGGUGUCCAUUCGCAGGGGACAACUACAGGACCCAGCUCCUACCUGUGGGCCCGGCCUCACAACAGCUGCCCUUCCCAAGCCACUAUCAACGCUUUGUUGUCUCCACGUUCACCUUCGUGGAGUCCCCCUCCAUGGCCAUGCUGGAAGGCGAGGUGUACAUCUUCUGCAGUGCCUCCGUGUGCCACCUUGCGCAGCCGGAGCCCUGCCGGCCCUCUUGCCAGCUGGGGGUGCCAUCAAGAGCCCGCCGGUCUCCGUCUGAGAGGAGGACAGCAGAGCCCACGCACAAAGCGGUUUCUCAAGGACGCAUCAUCUUCCAGGAGAGCCCCAGGCUGCAGAAAGGCUGAGCUCAAGGUCUAGGCCCUUGCUUUCAGGUCACAGCUGACUGGACAUCUCCGGGCUCUGCUCUCCCUUGUCAAAAACAUGCAGCA